AUGUGCUCUCAUCCCUUUAUCCCCCCCCACCUGUCCCCAUCCCUCUCCACCUGUACCCAUCCCUCCCCACCCGUGCCCAUCUAUCCCUCCCCACGUGUGCAUCAGCAACUGCAAGCCCUGCAGCCCUUUGGACUAGCGGGUGCCUCCCUGGCAAGUGCUGCCAUGGCAGGCGACAUUCAGGCGAGUUUCCUGCACGCAGCUGCCAUGCAAGGAGCAGCGCUGCAGAGCUUCCGGAGUGUCGGCAGCAGAGGGGGGGGAGACAGCAGCGGUAGCACCAACAGUGACAACAUCAGCGCCACACACACACGGCAGGCGAUUGGCAAAAGGGGCGCCCAGGCGGGGGGCGUGGGGAAGCAGGGAUGGCCGGUGAUGGGGGGAGUGAGGUGGAGGGGGUGUGCGGGGGACGGGGACUCAUGCCACACUGCCUCGGGUGGGUUCCCUGUGGUGCGUGGGUGCUGGGUGCUGGACGGUUGGGUGCUGGACGGUUGGGUGCUGGACGGUUGCGUGCUGGAUGGUUGGGUGCUGGAUGGUUGGGUGCUGGAUGGUUGGGUGCUGGAUGGUUGGGUGCUGGGUGCGUGCGUGCUGGGUGCGUGGGUGCUGGGUGGGGUGACUGCACACGAUUCGCGAGCUAGUCCAGCAGGCGAGGACCGGGGCAAGGGGGAGGCGGAGGGGGAAUAUCUGAUGGUGCAGCUCCGAGGGGGGCUUAACCAGAUGCGCGCAGGGGUGAGUGAGCGCAGGGUGGCCUCUGUUCCAACGAAGCUGCUGCAGCCGCCAUCGUUUAUCUCCCCAGCCCGUCCUCCUCCCUGCCCUUCCCCCUCUCUUCAUCUCCCCCGUGGUGGUGGCGAGGAUGCAGGCGCCAUCCCCCCUUCAUCUUCCCACCCCGUCCUACCCCCGUGCCUUCCCCACCCCGCAUCCUCGCCUGUGUGCUGGCAGAUCUGCGAUGCAGUGGUGGUGGCGAACAUGCUCGGGGCGACCCUGGUGGGUGAUGGCAUGAUGGGAGGUGAUGGCAUGAUGGGAGGUGAUGGCAUGAUGGGAGGUGAUGGCAUGAUGGGAGGUGAUGGCAUGAUGGGAGGUGAUGGCAUGAUGGGAGGUGAUGGCAUGAUGGGAGGUGAUGGCAUGAUGGGAGGUGAUGGCAUGAUGGGAGGUGAUGGCAUGAUGGGAGGUGAUGGCAUGAUGGGAGGUGAUGGCAUGAUGGGAGGUGAUGGCAUGAUGGGAGGUGAUGGCAUGAUGGGAGGUGAUGGCAUGAUGGGAGGUGAUGGCAUGAUGGGAGGUGAUGGCAUGAUGGGAGGUGAUGGCAUGAUGGGAGGUGAUGGCAUGAUGGGAGGUGAUGGCAUGAUGGGAGGUGAUGGCAUGAUGGGAGGUGAUGGCAUGAUGGGAGGUGAUGGCAUGAUGGGAGGUGAUGGCAUGAUGGGAGGUGAUGGCAUGAUGGGAGGUGAUGGCAUGAUGGGAGGUGAUGGCAUGAUGGGAGGUGAUGGCAUGAUGGGAGGUGAUGGCAUGAUGGGAGGUGAUGGCAUGAUGGGAGGUGAUGGCAUGAUGGGAGGUGAUGGCAUGAUGGGAGGUGAUGGCAUGAUGGGAGGUGAUGGCAUGAUGGGAGGUGAUGGCAUGAUGGGAGGUGAUGGCAUGAUGGGAGGUGAUGGCAUGAUGGGAGGUGAUGGCAUGAUGGGAGGUGAUGGCAUGAUGGGAGGUGAUGGCAUGAUGGGAGGUGAUGGCAUGAUGGGAGGUGAUGGCAUGAUGGGAGGUGAUGGCAUGAUGGGAGGUGAUGGCAUGAUGGGAGGUGAUGGCAUGAUGGGAGGUGAUGGCAUGAUGGGAGGUGAUGGCAUGAUGGGAGGUGAUGGCAUGAUGGGAGGUGAUGGCAUGAUGGGAGGUGAUGGCAUGAUGGGAGGUGAUGGCAUGAUGGGAGGUGAUGGCAUGAUGGGAGGUGAUGGCAUGAUGGGAGGUGAUGGCAUGAUGGGAGGUGAUGGCAUGAUGGGAGGUGAUGGCAUGAUGGGAGGUGAUGGCAUGAUGGGAGGUGAUGGCAUGAUGGGAGGUGAUGGCAUGAUGGGAGGUGAUGGCAUGAUGGGAGGUGAUGGCAUGAUGGGAGGUGAUGGCAUGAUGGGAGGUGAUGGCAUGAUGGGAGGUGAUGGCAUGAUGGGAGGUGAUGGCAUGAUGGGAGGUGAUGGCAUGAUGGGAGGUGAUGGCAUGAUGGGAGGUGAUGGCAUGAUGGGAGGUGAUGGCAUGAUGGGAGGUGAUGGCAUGAUGGGAGGUGAUGGCAUGAUGGGAGGUGAUGGCAUGAUGGGAGGUGAUGGCAUGAUGGGAGGUGAUGGCAUGAUGGGAGGUGAUGGCAUGAUGGGAGGUGAUGGCAUGAUGGGAGGUGAUGGCAUGAUGGGAGGUGAUGGCAUGAUGGGAGGUGAUGGCAUGAUGGGAGGUGAUGGCAUGAUGGGAGGUGAUGGCAUGAUGGGAGGUGAUGGCAUGAUGGGAGGUGAUGGCAUGAUGGGAGGUGAUGGCAUGAUGGGAGGUGAUGGCAUGAUGGGAGGUGAUGGCAUGAUGGGAGGUGAUGGCAUGAUGGGAGGUGAUGGCAUGAUGGGAGGUGAUGGCAUGAUGGGAGGUGAUGGCAUGAUGGGAGGUGAUGGCAUGAUGGGAGGUGAUGGCAUGAUGGGAGGUGAUGGCAUGAUGGGAGGUGAUGGCAUGAUGGGAGGUGAUGGCAUGAUGGGAGGUGAUGGCAUGAUGGGAGUGCGCGUGGUGCCACGCCUACCUGCCACGCUCAGAGACCUGCCCCCUGUCGUGCGCACCGUGCCCAAAGCCUCCUCGCCGGCCUAUUACCUGAAGCACGUGCGCCCACUUAUCAGGGACUUGCCUCCAGUGGUGCGCACGGUCCCCAAAGCCUCGUCUCCGGACUACUACACCAAGCACGUGCGGCCCCUCAUCAGAGACCUGCCUCCAGUGGAGCGCAUGGUGCCCAAGGCCUCCUCGCCGGACGUGCCUGUAGGGACCUACAGGAAGCACGCACAGCCCCUCAUCAGGUGUGGGAAGGAGGGGGCUGUCAUCAGCCCACCACAGGAGGGCGCAGGUACUGACGCUGAACCACUUCAAGUUCAACCUCAACUACAGCCUGCCUGCACCCCUGCAGACGCUGCGCUUUCAAGCCAACUACGAGCCACUGCGCUUCGUACCGACAGUCACUCGAGCCGUCGCCCUUCUCUCCCCCCCAGCCAUUUCCCUUUAUCCCUCCCCCCCCUCUUCUUCCCCCCUUUUCCCUCCAACCAGCUGCGAUGUAAAGCCAACUACGAGGCACUUCGUGAGAUGGGCAUGGGAGGUGAGAUGGGCAUGGGAGGUGAGAUGAGCAUGGGAGGUGAGAUGAGCAUGGGAGGUGAGAUGAGCAUGGGAGGUGAGAUGAGCAUGGGAGGUGAGACGAGCAUGGGAGGUGGGAUGAGCAUGGGAGGUGAGACGAGCAUGGGAGGUGAGACGAGCAUGGGAGGUGAGAUGAGCAUGGGAGGUGAGAUGAGCAUGGGAGGAGAGAUGAGCAUGGGAGGUGAGACGAGCAUGGGAGGUGAGACGAGCAUGGGAGGUGAGAUGAGCAUGGGAGGUGAGAUGAGCAUGGGAGGAGAGAUGAGCAUGGGAGACACCCGCCACGUGGCAUGCGAGUGCAGGUACGAGCCUGACAUGCUGGCGUUUACAGGGUGUGACUACGGCGGAGGGGGGAAGGAGAGGAGGCUGUUUGAGAGGAUCCGAAAGAGGUGGCCGGAGCUGCCCAGACAGAACCCCAAGCAGCAGAGGGCCAAGGGCAAGUGCCUUGUCACUCCCUCGCAGGUGCGUUUCGGGUUAAAAUUAAAAGCACUCCCCUGCUCCCUCCCUCUCUUCCAUUGCUCCUUAUUGUUCCUGCAGGUGGCAGUGGCCCUAAAAACGUUAGGCUUCCCCCCAUCUACCCGCCUGUACAUCGCCUCGGGUGAGCUCCACGGGGGGUCCUCUGCGCUGCAACCUCUCCUCAAGGCCUUCCCCUUUGCCACUGACAAAUACUCCCUCGCUCGUUCCCUCGCUCCUGCUAGGGGGAAGGAGGGCAGGGUGGCCGACAGGGAUGUGUCAAGUAGUGCAGGGGGAGAGAGUGGAGCUGCGAAGGGUGCAGCUGUAGAGUGGGGAAGGGGGGGCGAUGGGGGAGGGGGAGUGGGGCGAGGGGUAUUGGAGGGGCUGCAAGGGAGGAAGACGCUCCUAGCGGCGGUGGACUAUGAGAUGUGCCGGCGAGGGCACAUGCUGGUGCUGAACAACAAUGGCAACAUGGCUCACUUGCUCUCUGGACAUAGAAGGUAUGACGGCAUGGUUAGCACGGUGCAGCUGUUUGGCUCCUCCAUCCUGCGCCUCCUCGCUGCCAUCCAGCAAGGCGAUGUGAAGAGCUCUCCUAUAUCCGUGUCCUUCUAA